AUGAGAGUCGCAUUCUUCGUGAUCCUGUGCUGCGCACUGCAGUAUGUUACUGCAGAUGCAAUUGACGAUGCAUUGUCAAAUGAAAUCAAAUUAGGCAGACUAGAGACAAAGAACUUUAAUGAAACUGAUGAAUUUGAAUACGACCAAACCGGAAAUAUAAUCGAGAAAUCGACAACGACAAAAGAGUACGAAGCAUUUGGCGAUAUAGAUAAAGAUGUAACUGGAGAUGACGUAAAGGUGAGAACUCUCGUUAUUAAAACCGACGCAUCCGGACACGAAACUAUAUGGGAAGAAGAUGUUCUUAUUAAAAAGAAAGGUCAAUCAGGAUCAUCUGCUGAAGCUGAAACUACUGCUGCCUCAUCAUCAGCUAGUUCAGGUCCAACAGGAAACGGAUUGGGUGCCAGUUUGUAUAGAGCAAACGGUUUGAACGGUCUUAAUGGUCAACAAAGGCUCGGUGCAAACUCAGCAGCUGCUGCCGUUACCCCCGCCGGUGCUUCUGGCCUCGGGAACAUCAUCAUUAACAACAACGGAGGCGCUGGUUCAGGCUCAAGCGCCUCUGCCGCUAGCUCUACUGCUGGAUCUGGAACCACAGGGCCAUACAACUCAUUGAGUGGACAGGCAGCAGCAGGCCUAAUGGGUGAAUUCUUGCCAUAUGGCAAUCAAGAACCUACUAUCAUUGUGAACAAUAACGAAUCUGGAUCAGAAUCAUCUGCCGCGAGCGCUGCGUCUACUUCUGGAUCACAAGGAAAUGGAUUGGGUGGACUUUACGGCUCCGGCACCUACGGUUCAAACGGCUUGAACGGUCUUAACGGUCGACAAGGACAAGGUGCAAGCUCAGCAGCCGCUGCGUCUGCCGCUUCAGGAGCUUCUGGUCUCUAUGGUGGUGCCUAUGGAUUGAGAUCUGCUGGCCUCGGUUCUGCAGGAGGAGAAAACAUUAUUAUCAACAACAACGGAAACUCUCAAAGCGCAAGCUCAGCAGCCGCUGCCGCUGCUUCUGGUGCUUCUGUCCCUGGAUACGGUCAAUUCUUGCCUUAUGGCAAUCAAGAACCCACUAUCAUUGUGAACAAUAACGAAUCUGGAUCAGGAUCAUCUGCCGCGAGCGCUGCAUCUGCUGGAUCACAAGGAAAUGGAUUGGGUGGACUUAACGGUCAACAAGGUCAAGGUGCGAGCUCAGCAGCCGUUGCCUCAAGCGCUGCAUCUGCUUCUGGAUCACAAGGAAACGGAUUGGGUGGACUUUAUGGUCCCGGAUUGAACGGAGCCAGAUUCUACGGACCAAACGGCUUGAACGGUCUUAACGGUCAACAAGGGAAAGGUGCAAGUACAGUAGUCGCUGCCGCUGCAGGUUCUUCUGGAAAUGCAGGAGAAGAAGUUAUCGUCAUGAACAAUAAUGGAGGCUCUGGCUCAGGCACAUCUGCCGCUAGCGCUGCAUCUGCUUCUGGAUCACAAGGAAACGGAUUGGGUGGACUUUAUGGCUCCGGAUCAAACGGAGCUGGCUAUGGUUUUGGAUCAUCUGGCCUCGGUUCUGCAGGAGGAGAAAACAUUUUUAUCAACAACAACGGAAACUCUCAAAGCGCAAGCUCAGCAGCCGCUGCCGCAGCUAGUGCUUCUGCGAAUGCAGAAGAAGAUGUUGUCGUCAUUAACAAUAAUGGAGGCUCGGUUUCAUCAGCCUCAAGCUCCGCUGCUGCUCCUGGUGCUUCUGCCCCAGGAUACGGUCAAUUCUUGCCUUAUGGCAAUCAAGAACCCACUAUCAUUGUGAACAAUAACGAAUCUGGAUCAGGAUCAUCUGCCGCGAGCGCUGCAUCUGCUGGAUCACAAGGAAAUGGAUUGGGUGGACUUUACGGCUCCGGAACCUACGGUUCAAACAACUUGAACGGUCUUAACGGUCAACAAGGACAAGGUCCAAGCUCAGCAGCCGCUGCCGCAAGCGCUGCAUCUGCUUCUAGAUCACAAGGAAAUGGAUUGGGUGGACUUUACGGCUCCGGAACCUACGGUUCAAACAACUUGAACGGUCUUAACGGUCAACAAGGACAAGGUCCGAGCUCAGCAGCCGCUGCCGCAAGCGCUGCAUCUGCUUCUGGAUCACAAGGAAACGGAGUGGGUGGACUUAAUGGCCCCGGAUUGAACGGAGCCAGAUUCUACGGAUCAAACGGCUUGAACGGUCUUAACGGUCAGCAAGGACAAGGUGUCAGCUCAGCAGCUGCUGCAGCUGCCACCUCAGGAUCUUCUGGCCUCGGUUCUGCAGGACAAGAAAAUAUUAUUAUCAACAACAACGGAAACUCUCAAGGCACAAGAUCAGCAGCUGCUGCCGCAGCAGGUGCUUCUGGUUCUUCUAACCCUGGAUACGGUCAAUUCUUGCCUUAUGGUAAUCAAAAACCCACUAUCAUUGUGAACAAUAACGAAUCUGGAUCAGAAUCAUCUGCCGCAAGCGCUGCGUCUGCUUCUGGAUCACAAGGAUAUGGAUUGGGUGGACUUUACGGCUCUGGAACCUACGGUUCAAACGGCUUGAAUGGUCUUAACGGUCAACAAGCUUCUGGUUUCUAUGGUGGUGCCUAUGGAUUGGGAUCUGCUGGCCUCGGUUCUGCAGGAGGAGAAAACAUUAUUAUCAACAACAACGGAAACUCUCAAAGCGCAAGCUCAGCAGCCGCUGCCGCUGCUUCUGGUGCUUCUGUCCCUGGAUACGGUCAAUUCUUGCCUUAUGGCAAUCAAGAACCCACUAUCAUUGUGAACAAUAACGAAUCUGGAUCAGGAUCAUCUGCCGCGAGCGCUGCAUCUGCUGGAUCACAAGGAAAUGGAUUGGGUGGACUUAACGGUCAACAAGGUCAAGGUGCGAGCUCAGCAGCCGUUGCCUCAAGCGCUGCAUCUGCUUCUGGAUCACAAGGAAACGGAUUGGGUGGACUUUAUGGUCCCGGAUUGAACGGAGCCAGAUUCUACGGACCAAACGGCUUGAACGGUCUUAACGGUCAACAAGGGAAAGGUGCAAGUACAGUAGUCGCUGCCGCUGCAGGUUCUUCUGGAAAUGCAGGAGAAGAAGUUAUCGUCAUGAACAAUAAUGGAGGCUCUGGCUCAGGCACAUCUGCCGCUAGCGCUGCAUCUGCUUCUGGAUCACAAGGAAACGGAUUGGGUGGACUUUAUGGCUCCGGAUCAAACGGAGCUGGCUAUGGUUUUGGAUCAUCUGGCCUCGGUUCUGCAGGAGGAGAAAACAUUUUUAUCAACAACAACGGAAACUCUCAAAGCGCAAGCUCAGCAGCCGCUGCCGCAGCUAGUGCUUCUGCGAAUGCAGAAGAAGAUGUUGUCGUCAUUAACAAUAAUGGAGGCUCGGUUUCAUCAGCCUCAAGCUCCGCUGCUGCUCCUGGUGCUUCUGCCCCAGGAUACGGUCAAUUCUUGCCUUAUGGCAAUCAAGAACCCACUAUCAUUGUGAACAAUAACGAAUCUGGAUCAGGAUCAUCUGCCGCGAGCGCUGCAUCUGCUGGAUCACAAGGAAAUGGAUUGGGUGGACUUUACGGCUCCGGAACCUACGGUUCAAACAACUUGAACGGUCUUAACGGUCAACAAGGACAAGGUCCAAGCUCAGCAGCCGCUGCCGCAAGCGCUGCAUCUGCUUCUAGAUCACAAGGAAAUGGAUUGGGUGGACUUUACGGCUCCGGAACCUACGGUUCAAACAACUUGAACGGUCUUAACGGUCAACAAGGACAAGGUCCGAGCUCAGCAGCCGCUGCCGCAAGCGCUGCAUCUGCUUCUGGAUCACAAGGAAACGGAGUGGGUGGACUUAAUGGCCCCGGAUUGAACGGAGCCAGAUUCUACGGAUCAAACGGCUUGAACGGUCUUAACGGUCAGCAAGGACAAGGUGUCAGCUCAGCAGCUGCUGCAGCUGCCACCUCAGGAUCUUCUGGCCUCGGUUCUGCAGGACAAGAAAAUAUUAUUAUCAACAACAACGGAAACUCUCAAGGCACAAGCUCAGCAGCUGCUGCCGCAGCAGGUGCUUCUGGUUCUUCUAACCCUGGAUACGGUCAAUUCUUGCCUUAUGGUAAUCAAAAACCCACUAUCAUUGUGAACAAUAACGAAUCUGGAUCAGAAUCAUCUGCCGCAAGCGCUGCGUCUGCUUCUGGAUCACAAGGAUAUGGAUUGGGUGGACUUUACGGCUCUGGAACCUACGGUUCAAACGGCUUGAAUGGUCUUAACGGUCAACAAGCUUCUGGUUUCUAUGGUGGUGCCUAUGGAUUGGGAUCUGCUGGCCUCGGUUCUGCAGGAGGAGAAAACAUUAUUAUCAACAACAACGGAAACUCUCAAAGCGCAAGCUCAGCAGCCGCUGCCGCUGCUUCUGGUGCUUCUGUCCCUGGAUACGGUCAAUUCUUGCCUUAUGGCAAUCAAGAACCCACUAUCAUUGUGAACAAUAACGAAUCUGGAUCAGGAUCAUCUGCCGCGAGCGCUGCAUCUGCUGGAUCACAAGGAAAUGGAUUGGGUGGACUUAACGGUCAACAAGGUCAAGGUGCGAGCUCAGCAGCCGUUGCCUCAAGCGCUGCAUCUGCUUCUGGAUCACAAGGAAACGGACUGGGUGGACUUUAUGGUCCCGGAUUGAACGGAGCCAGAUUCUACGGACCAAACGGCUUGAACGGUCUUAACGGUCAACAAGGACAAGGUGCAAGUACAGCUGUCGCUGCCGCUGCAGGUUCUUCUGGAAAUGCAGGAGAAGAAGUUAUCGUCAUGAACAAUAAUGGAGGCUCUGGCUCAGGCACAUCUGCCGCUAGCGCUUCAUCUGCUUCUGGAUCACAAGGAAACGGAUUGGGUGGACUUUAUGGCUCCGGAUCAAACGGAGCUGGCUAUGGUUUUGGAUCAUCUGGCCUCGGUUCUGCAGGAGGAGAAAACAUUUUUAUCAACAACAACGGAAACUCUCAAAGCGCAAGCUCAGCAGCCGCUGCCGCAGCUAGUGCUUCUGCGAAUGCAGAAGAAGAUGUUGUCGUCAUUAACAAUAAUGGAGGCUCGGUUUCAUCAGCCUCAAGCUCCGCUGCUGCUCCUGGUGCUUCUGCCCCAGGAUACGGUCAAUUCUUGCCUUAUGGCAAUCAAGAACCCACUAUCAUUGUGAACAAUAACGAAUCUGGAUCAGGAUCAUCUGCCGCGAGCGCUGCAUCUGCUGGAUCACAAGGAAAUGGAUUGGGUGGACUUUACGGCUCCGGAACCUACGGUUCAAACAACUUGAACGGUCUUAACGGUCAACAAGGACAAGGUCCAAGCUCAGCAGCCGCUGCCGCAAGCGCUGCAUCUGCUUCUAGAUCACAAGGAAAUGGAUUGGGUGGACUUUACGGCUCCGGAACCUACGGUUCAAACAACUUGAACGGUCUUAACGGUCAACAAGGACAAGGUCCGAGCUCAGCAGCCGCUGCCGCAAGCGCUGCAUCUGCUUCUGGAUCACAAGGAAACGGAGUGGGUGGACUUAAUGGCCCCGGAUUGAACGGAGCCAGAUUCUACGGAUCAAACGGCUUGAACGGUCUUAACGGUCAGCAAGGACAAGGUGUCAGCUCAGCAGCUGCUGCAGCUGCCACCUCAGGAUCUUCUGGCCUCGGUUCUGCAGGACAAGAAAAUAUUAUUAUCAACAACAACGGAAACUCUCAAGGCACAAGCUCAGCAGCUGCUGCCGCAGCAGGUGCUUCUGGUUCUUCUAACCCUGGAUACGGUCAAUUCUUGCCUUAUGGUAAUCAAAAACCCACUAUCAUUGUGAACAAUAACGAAUCUGGAUCAGAAUCAUCUGCCGCAAGCGCUGCGUCUGCUUCUGGAUCACAAGGAUAUGGAUUGGGUGGACUUUACGGCUCUGGAACCUACGGUUCAAACGGCUUGAAUGGUCUUAACGGUCAACAAGCUUCUGGUCUCUAUGGUGGUGCCUAUGAAUUGGGAUCUGCUGGCCUCGGUUCUGCAGGAGGAGAAAACAUUGUUAUCAACAACAACGGAAACUCUCAAAGCGCAAGCUCAGCAGCCGCUGCCGCUGCUUCUGGUGCUUCUGUCCCUGGAUACGGUCAAUUCUUGCCUUAUGGCAAUCAAGAACCCACUAUCAUUUUUAACAAUAACGAAUCUGGAUCAGGAUCAUCUGCCGCGAGCGCUGCAUCUGCUGGAUCACAAGGAAAUGGAUUGGGUGGACUUAACGGUCAACAAGGUCAAGGUGCGAGCUCAGCAGCCGUUGCCUCAAGCGCUGCAUCUGCUUCUGGAUCACAAGGAAACGGACUGGGUGGACUUUAUGGUCCCGGAUUGAACGGAGCCAGAUUCUACGGACCAAACGGCUUGAACGGUCUUAACGGUCAACAAGGACAAGGUGCAAGUACAGCUGUCGCUGCCGCUGCAGGUUCUUCUGGAAAUGCAGGAGAAGAAGUUAUCGUCAUGAACAAUAAUGGAGGCUCUGGCUCAGGACAAGGUGCAAGUACAGCAGUCGCUGCCGCUGCAGGUUCUUCUGGAAAUGCAGGAGAAGAAGUUAUCGUCAUGAACAAUAAUGGAGGCUCUGGCUCAGGCACAUCUGCCGCUAGCGCUGCAUCUGCUUCUGGAUCACAAGGAAACGGAUUGGGUGGACUUAAUGGCUCCGGAUCAAACGGAGCUGGCUAUGCAGCUGCUGCCGCAGCUAGUGCUUCUGCAAAUGCAGAAGAAGAUGUUGUCGUCAUUAACAAUAAUGGAGGCUCUGGCUCAGGCACAUCUGCCGCUAGCGCUGCAUCUGCUUCUGGAUCACAAGGAAAUGGAUUGGGUGGACAUUACGGCUCCGGAUUCUACGGUUCAAACGGAUUGAACGGUCUUAACGGUCAACAAGGACAAGGUUCAAGCUCAGCAGCCGCUGCAUCUGCUUCUGGAUCACAAGGAAACGGUUUGGGUGGACUUUAUGGCACCGGAUCAAACGGAGCCGGCUAUGGUUUAGGAUCAUCUGGCCUCGGUUCUGCAGGAGGAGAAAACAUAAUUAUUAACAACAACGGAAACUCUCAAAGCGCAAGCUCAGCAGCCGCUGCCGCAGCUAGUGCUUCUGCAAAUGCAGAAGAAGAUGUUGUCGUCAUUAACAAUAAUGGAGGCUCGUUUUCAUCAGCCUCAAGCUCCGCUGCUGCUCCUGGUGGUUCUGCCCCUGGCUACGGUCAAUUCUUGCCUUAUGGCAAUCAAGAACCCACUAUCAUUGUGAACAAUAACGAAUCUGGAUUAGGAUCAUCCGCCGCGAGCACUGCAUCUGCUGGAUCACAAGGAAAUGGAUUGGGUGGACUUUACGGCUCCAGAACCUACGGUUCAAACGGCUUGAAUGGUCUUAACGGUCAACAAGGACAAGGUGCAAGCUCAGCAGCCGCCUCAUCUGCCGCUUCAGGAGCUUCUGGUCUCUAUGGUGGUGCCUAUGGAUUGGGAUCUGCUGGCCUCGGUUCUGCAGGAGGAGAAAACAUUAUUAUCAACAACAACGGAAACUCUCAAAGCGCAAGCUCAGCAGCCGCUGCCGCUGCUUCUGGUGCUUCUGUCCCUGGAUACGGUCAAUUUUUGCCUUAUGGCAAUCAAGAACCCACUAUCAUAUUUAACAAUAACGAAUCUGGAUCAGGAUCAUCUGCCGCGAGCGCUGCAUCUGCUGGAUCACAAGGAAAUGGAUUGGGUGGACUUAACGGUCAACAAAGUCAAGGUGCGAGCUCAGCAGCCGUUGCCUCAAGCGCUGCAUCUGCUUCUGGAUCACAAGGAAACGGAUUGGGUGGACUUUAUGGUCCCGGAUUGAACGGAGCCAGAUUCUACGGAACAAACGGCUUGAAUGGUCUUAACGGUCAACAAGGACAAGGUGCAAGCUCAGCAGCCGCCUCAUCUGCCGCUUCAGGAGCUUCUGGUCUCUAUGGUGGUGCCUAUGGAUUGGGAUCUGCUGGCCUCGGUUCUGCAGGAGGAGAAAACAUUAUUAUCAACAACAACGGAAACUCUCAAAGCGCAAGCUCAGCAGCCGCUGCCGCUGCUUCUGGUGCUUCUGUCCCUGGAUACGGUCAAUUUUUGCCUUAUGGCAAUCAAGAACCCACUAUCAUAUUUAACAAUAACGAAUCUGGAUCAGGAUCAUCUGCCGCGAGCGCUGCAUCUGCUGGAUCACAAGGAAAUGGAUUGGGUGGACUUAACGGUCAACAAAGUCAAGGUGCGAGCUCAGCAGCCGUUGCCUCAAGCGCUGCAUCUGCUUCUGGAUCACAAGGAAACGGAUUUAGUGGACUUUAUGGUCCCGGAUUGAACGGAGCCGGAUUCUACGGACCAAACGGCUUGAACGGUCUUAACGGUCAACAAGGACAAGGUGCAAGUACAGCAGUCGCUGCCGCAGCAGGUUCUUCUGGAAAUGCAGGAGAAGAAGUUAUCGUCAUGAACAAUAAUGGAGGCUCUGGCUCAGGACAAGGUGCAAGUACAGCAGUCGCUGCCGCAGCAGGUUCUUCUGGAAAUGCAGGAGAAGAAGUUAUCGUCAUGAACAAUAAUGGAGGCUCUGGCUCAGGCACAUCUGCCGCCAGCGCUACAUCUGCUUCUGGAUCACAAGGAAAUGGAUUGGGUGGACAUUACGGCUCCGGAUUCUACGGUUCAAACGGAUUGAACGGUCUUAACGGUCAACAAGGACAAGGUGCAAGCUCAGCAGCCGCUGCAUCUGCUUCUGGAUCACAAGGAAACGGUUUGGGUGGACUUUAUGGCACCGGAUCAAACGGAGCCGGCUAUGGUUUGGGAUCAUCUGGCCUCGCUUCUGCAGGAGGAGAAAACAUAAUUAUCAACAACAACGGAAACUCUCAAAGCGCAAGCUCCGCAGCCGCUGCCGCAGCAGGUGCAAAUGCAGUAGAAGAUUUUAUCGUCAUUAACAAUAAUGGAGGCUCGGUUUCUUCAGCCUCAAGCUCCGCUGCUGCUCCUGGUGCUUCUGCCCCUGGAUACGGUCAAUUCUUGCCUUAUGGCAAUCUAGAACCCACUAUCAUUGUGAACAAUAACGAAUCUGGAUCAGGAUCAUCUGCCGCGAGCGCUGCAUCUGCUGGAUCACAAGGAAAUGGAUUGGGUGGACUUUACGGCUCCGGAACCUACGGUUCAAACAACUUGAACGGUCUUAACGGUCAACAAGGACAAGGUCCAAGCUCAGCAGCCGCUGACGCAAGCGCUGCAUCUGCUUCUAGAUCACAAGGAAAUGGAUUGGGUGGACUUUACGGCUCCGGAACCUACGGUUCAAACAACUUGAACGGUCUUAACGGUCAACAAGGACAAGGUCCAAGUUCAGCAGCCGCUGCCGCAAGCGCUGCAUCUGCUUCUGGGUCACAAGGAAACGGAUUGGGUGGACUUAAUGGCCCCGGAUUGAACGGAGCCAGAUUCUACGGAUCAAACGGCUUGAACGGUCUUAACGGUCAGCAAGGACAAGGUGUCAGCUCAGCAGCUGCUGCAGCUGCCACCUCAGGAUCUUCUGGCCUCGGUUCUGCAGGACAAGAAAAUAUUAUUAUCAACAACAACGGAAACUCUCAAGGCACAAGCUCAGCAGCUGCUGCCGCAGCAGGUGCUUCUGGUUCUUCUAAUCCUGGAUACGGUCAAUUCUUGCCUUAUGGUAAUCAAAAACCCACUAUCAUUGUGAACAAUAACGAAUCUGGAUCAGAAUCAUCUGCCGCAAGCGCUGCGUCUGCUUCUGGAUCACAAGGAUAUGGAUUGGGUGGACUUUACGGCUCCGAAACCUACGGUUCAAACGGCUUGAAUGGUCUUAACGGUCAGCAAGGACAAGGUGCAAGCUCAGCAGCCGCUGCAUCUGCCGCUUCAGGAGCUUCUGGUCUCUAUGGUGGUGCCUAUGGAUUGGGAUCUGCUGGCCUCGGUUCUGCAGGAGGAGAAAACAUUAUUAUCAACAACAACGGAAACUCUCAAAGCGCAAGCUCAGCAGCCGCUGCCGCUGCUUCUGGUGCUUCUGUCCCUGGAUACGGUCAAUUCUUGCCUUAUGGCAAUCAAGAACCCACUAUCAUUGUGAACAAUUACGAAUCUGGAUCAGGAUCAUCUGCCGCGAGCGCUGCAUCUGCUGGAUCACAAGGAAAUGGAUUGGGUGGACUUAACGGUCAACAAGGUCAAGGUGCGAGCUCAGCAGCCGUUGCCUCAAGCGCUGCAUCUGCUUCUGGAUCACAAGGAAACGGAUUGGGUGGACUUUAUGGUCCCGGAUUGAACGGAGCCAGAUUCUACGGACCAAACGGCUUGAACGGUCUUAACGGUCAACAAGGACAAGGUGCAAGUACAGCAGUCGCUGCCGCUGCAGGUUCUUCUGGAAAUGCAGGAGAAGAAGUUAUCGUCAUGAACAAUAAUGGAGGCUCUGGCUCAGGCACAUCUGCCGCUAGCGCUGCAUCUGCUUCUGGAUCACAAGGAAACGGAUUGGGUGAACUUUAUGGCACCGGACCAAACGGAGCCGGCUAUGGUUUCGGAUCAUCUGGCCUCGGUUCUGCAGGAGGAGAAAACAUUAUUAUCAACAACAACGGAAACUCUCAAAGUGCAAGCUCAGCAGCCGCUGCCGCAGCAGGUGCUUCUGCAAAUGCAGAAGAAGAUGUUAUCGUCAUUAACAAUAAUGGAGGCUCGGUUUCAUCAGCCUCAAGCUCCGCUGCUGCUCCUGGUUCUUCUGCCCCUGGAUACGGUCAAUUCUUGCCUUAUGGCAAUCGAGAACCCACUAUCAUUGUUAACAAUAACGAAUCUGGAUCAGGAUCAUCUGCCGCGAGCGCUGCAUCUGCUGGAAAUGGAUUGGGUGGACUUUACGGCUCCGGAUUCUACGGAUCAAACGGCUUGAACGGUCUUAACGGUCAACAAGGACAAGGUGCAAGCUCAGCAGCCGCUGCAUCUGCUUCUGGAUCACAAGGAAACGGAUUGGGUGGACUUUAUGGCACCGGAUCAAACGGAGCCGGCUAUGGUUUGGGAUCAUCUGGCCUCGAUUCUGCAGGAAGAGAAAACAUUAUUAUCAACAACAACGGAAACUCUCAAAGUGCAAGCUCAGCAGCCGCUGCCGCAGCAGGUGCUUCUGCAAAUGCAGAAGAAGAUGUUAUCGUCAUUAACAAUAAUGGAGGCUCGGUUUCAUCAGCCUCAAGCUCCGCUGCUGCUCCUGGUUCUUCUGCCCCUGGAUACGGUCAAUUCUUGCCUUAUGGCAAUCGAGAACCCACUAUCAUUGUUAACAAUAACGAAUCUGGAUCAGGAUCAUCUGCCGCGAGCGCUGCAUCUGCUGGAAAUGGAUUGGGUGGACUUUACGGCUCCGGAUUCUACGGAUCAAACGGCUUGAACGGUCUUAACGGUCAACAAGGACAAGGUGCAAGCUCAGCAGCCGCUGCAUCUGCUUCUGGAUCACAAGGAAACGGAUUGGGUGGACUUUAUGGCACCGGAUCAAACGGAGCCGGCUAUGGUUUGGGAUCAUCUGGCCUCGAUUCUGCAGGAAGAGAAAACAUUAUUAUCAACAAUAACGGAAACUCUCAAAGUGCAAGCUCAGCAGCCGCUGCCGCAGCAGGUGCUUCUGCAAAUGCAGAAGAAGAUGUUAUCGUCAUUAACAAUAAUGGAGGCUCGGUUUCAUCAUCCUCAAGCUCCGCUGCUGCUCCUGGUGCUUAUGCCCCUGGAUACGGUCAAUUCUUGCCUUAUGGUUAUCAAGAACCCACUAUCAUUGUGAACAAUAACGAAUCUGGAUCAGGAUCAUCUGCCGCGAGUGCUGCAUCUGCUUCUGGAUCACAAGGAAAUGGAUUGGGUGGACUUUACGGCUCCGGAUUCUACGGAUCAAACGGCUUGAACGGUCUUAACGGUCAACAAGGACAAGGUGCGAGCACAGCAGCCGCUGCCUCAAGCGCUGCAUCUGCUUCUGGAUCACAAGGAAACGGAUUGGGUGGACUUUAUGUUCCCGGAUUGAACGGAGCCGGAUUCUACGGACCAAAUGGCUUGAACGGUCUUAACGGUCAACAAGGACAAGGUGCAAGUACAGCAGUCGCUGCCGCAGUAGGUUCUUCUGGAAAUGCAGGAGAAGAAGUUAUCGUCAUGAACAAUAAUGGAGGCUCUGGUUCAAGCACAUCUGCCGCUAGCGCUGCAUCUGCUUUUGGAUCACAAGGAAAUGGAUUGGGUGGACUUUACGGCUCCGGAUUCUACGGAUCGAACGGCUUGAACGGUCUUUACGGUCAACAAGGACAAGGUGCAAGCUCAGCAGCCGCUGCAUCUGCUUCUGGAUCACAAGGAAACGGAUUGGGUGGACUUUAUGGCACCGAAUCAAACGGAGCUGGCUAUGGUUUGGGAUCAUCUGGCCUCGGUUCUGCAGGAGGAGAAAACAUUAUUAUCAACAACAACGGAAACUCUCAAAGUGCAAGCUCUGCAGCCGCUGCCGCAGCAGGUGCUUCUGCAAAAGCAGAAGAAGAUGUUAUCAUCAUUAACAAUAAUGGAGGCUCGGUUUCAUCAGCCUCAAGCUCCGCUGCUGCCCCUGGAUACAGUCAAUUCUUGCCUUAUGGCAAUCAAAAACCCACUAUCAUUGUGAACAAUAACGAAUCUGGAUCAGGAUCAUCUGCCGCGAGCGCUGCAUCUGCUGGAAAUGGAUUGGGUGGACUUUACGGCUCCGGAUUCUACGGAUCAAACGGCUUGAACGGUCUUAACGGUCAACAAGGACAAGGUGCGAGCUCAGCAGCCGCUGCCUCAAGCGCUGCAUCUGCUUCUGGAUCACAAGGAAACGGAUUUAGUGGACUUUAUGGUCCCGGAUUGAACGGAGCCGGAUUCUACGGACCAAACGGCUUGAACGGUCUUAACGGUCAACAAGGACAAGGUGCAAGUACAGCAGUCGCUGCCGCAGUAGGUUCUUCUGGAAAUGCAGGAGAAGAAGUUAUCGUCAUGAACAAUAAUGGAGGCUCUGGCUCAAGCACAUCUGCCGCUAGCGCUGCAUCUGCUUCUGGAUCACAAGGAAAUGGAUUGGAUGGACUUUACGGAUCCGGAUUCUACGGAUCGAACGGCUUGAACGGUCUUAACGGUCAACAAGGACAAGGUGCAAGCUCAGCAGCCGCUGCAUCUGCUUCUGGAUCACAAGGAAACGGAUUGGGUGGUCUUUAUGGCACCGGAUCAAACGGAGCCGGCUAUGGUUUGGGAUCAUCUGGCCUCGGUUCUGCAGGAAGAGAAAACAUUAUUAUCAACAAUAACGGAAACUCUCAAAGUGCAAGCUCAGCAGCCGCUGCCGCAGCAGGUGCUUCUGCAAAUGCAGAAGAAGAUGUUAUCGUCAUUAACAAUAAUGGAGGCUCGGUUUCAUCAGCCUCAAGCUCCGCUGCUGCUCCUGGUGCUUAUGCCCCUGGAUACGGUCAAUUCUUGCCUUAUGGUUAUCAAGAACCCACUAUCAUUGUGAACAAUAACGAAUCUGGAUCAGGAUCAUCUGCCGCGAGUGCUGCAUCUGCUUCUGGAUCACAAGGAAAUGGAUUGGGUGGACUUUACGGCUCCGGAUUCUACGGAUCAAACGGCUUGAACGGUCAACAAGGACAAGGUGCCAGCUCAGCAGCCGCUGCUGCAGCAGGUGCUUCUGGAAAUGCAGGAGAAGACAUCAUCGUCAUUAACAAUAAUGGAGGCUCUGGCUCAAGCGCUUCUGCAUCUUCUUCUUCAUCCGCAGAAAACUCUGGACCUCUGUAUGUUCCUUAUUACCAAAAGGGACCCCAAGUAGUUGUUAUCAAUGAAGGUGGUUCAGGGCCAAGUGCAUCCGCAUCUGCUUCUAGUUCAGCAUCUUCAAUCGGCCGCGGUAGAGGGCGUAUACGUCAAGCCUGUCAAUUAUCUCGCCGCCAAUUCAUCAUAAGAGUCGGCAGAAAGGGAGCUUGCGCAGACUGUUAA